AUGAUCGCUGGAGGUGGACUGCCUGAAAGAACGCGUGUUGACGUGCAGCUCUUUUUUGCCUUCGUGGAUGGAUUGAGGUUUUGCUUUUUUUUUUUUUUUUUUUUUUUAACCGGCGCUGCAGCAGCGUAUCAGAGAGCGAGUCGUGUCUUUCGGGUGGCUUUUGGGACGUCCCACGUUGGACUCCUGGAGCCUGAAUGCGUCACGACUGCAAGACCAGCCCCGGUGACAGCAGACGCCGCUCGCCGCCAUCCAGGUGCUCACCUCCGGGGAGCUUCUCCCCGAACCCGCCCUGUCUUCGGAGCCACUACCUGGACGAGGAGGAGUACCUUUGUCGUGCUAUGCUUUGUCUACAAGCACGACCACCUCACGCCCCGAACCCCCUCUCCUCCCCCUGCCCGGAAAAAUGAAGCGGGAACACGGUGCAAAAAUGAGGACGACCACAUUUUGAGUCGUCUGUGUGGCGUACACGCAGAGUCGGGAAGCCAUCUAACCAACCAACCACCCGGGGGAAAGUCUCCCAGACUUCGCGGCGCUAUGGCUGGGCUCAUCAAGAAACAAAUCUUGAAGCAUCUCUCCAGGUUCGCCAAGAACCUGUCGCCCGACAAGAUCAACCUGAGCACGCUGAAGGGCGAGGGCCAGCUGACCAACCUGGAGCUGGACGAGGAGGUGCUCCAGAGCCUGCUGGACCUUCCCACCUGGCUGGCCAUCAACCGCGUGGGCUGCAACAAGGCCGCCAUCCGCAUCCCGUGGACCAAGUUAAAGACUCACCCCAUCUCCCUGACACUUGAUAAAGUGGAAAUGGAAAUGAGCACCUGCGAUGAACCCCGAUCCCCUAACGGCCCCUCCCCCAUCGCGACGGCGUCGGGUCAGAGUGAGUACGGCUUUGCGGAGAAGGUGGUGGAGGGCAUGUCGCUGUCCAUCAACUCCAUCGUGAUCCGGAUCAGCGCCAAGGCCUUCAACGCGUCCUUCGAGCUGUCCCAGUUGCAGGUGUACAGCGUCAACAACAACUGGAGCGUCAGCGACUUGCGCUUCACGCGCAUUCCGGACCCUCAACGGGGGGAGCUCCUGACCUUCAAGGAGAUCAGCUGGCAGAUGAUCCGCAUCGAGGCCGACGCCAUCCAGGGCGCCGAGCACGACAUGCUGAGCGCGCCCAUCCGCCUCAUCACCAACCAGUCCAAGAUCCGCGUCACGCUCAAGCGACGCAUGAAGGACUGCAACGUGGUGGCCUCCAAGCUGGUUCUGAUCCUGGACGACCUGCUGUGGGUGCUGACCGACUCGCAGCUCAAAGCCAUGGUGCAGUACGCCAAGUCCCUCAGCGAGGCCAUGGAGAAGUCGGCGCAGCAGAGGAAGAGCUUGGCCACCGAAGGCCAGGCGUCGUCCGGCCCGCCGUCGGCCCAGCAGGCGCACGCGCAGACGACGACGACGACGGCGGCGGCGGCGGCCGACCAGAGCGCCACCAUGGCCAAGCUGUUCAGCGACUACGACGUGUGCGAGACCUCGCACCACCUGCAGAUCACCCACCUGGACCUGCACAUCUGCGACGACAUCCACGCCGCCGACAAAGCGAUCGAUAAGAGGAUCACAGGCGGAGCCAUGCAGCUGUCCUUCAGCUCCGUCACGCUGGACUACUACCCUUUCCACAGAGCAGGCGACAGCUGCGCGCACUGGAUGCACUACAGCGAGGCCACCAAAAGCCGAGAUUCUUGGGCGAGGAGCCUCCUGGAUGAGUUCAAGUCCAACGUGGAGAUGCUGAAGAGUGCCGUGCGUGGCCAGCAGGGGGCGCCUGCGCACAGCUCGCCGGUGUCCAUUAGGGACGAUGUGUAUUGGCCAAUUGGGCUUAGCGAGGCGGACGGAACCUCGAUAGAACGCAGCCCACGCGCGCAGCCUCCAGCCCGGUGCUGUUGGUGCCUCGAGUCAGGGAAAAUCAACACGUCCUCCACGUCGUGCUUCAGCCCUUUGGAGCAGAGUCCCAAGACCCAGCUCAUGUCCAGCUCCGUGGUCCUCAGGAUGGCCGACUUCAGCAUCUACCAGGUGUCCACGGCGGACCAGCGUCGCUCCAGCCCCAAAACCAUGAUCUCCUGCAAUAAGAAAUCCUUAUACCUUCCUCCUGAGAUGCCGGCCGUCCACGUCGAGUUCACCGAGUACUACUUCCCUGACGGAAAAGACUAUCCCAUCCCGUGCCCCAACCUGUACGCCCAGCUCAACGCCCUGCAGCUGGUCCUGGAUCACCGCAGCCUGGUGUGGCUCAACCUGUUCGCGUUGGACCUGCGGCAGAGUCUGGAGCAGUUCAUGGAGAUCUACAAGCUCAACGACUCGCAGAAGCCCGACGAGCACGUGGACGUCAAGGUGGACGGCCUCAUGCUGAAGGUGGUGAUCCCGGCCGAUCGGGACCCCUCGUGCCCGCCCGACCUUCCCCGCUCCGUCUCCGUGCAGACGUCCGAGAUGGUGGCCACCAACACCCGCCACCCGGCCAACUGCACCCGUGCCCACCUGGAGGCCCUGCUGCAAGCCUUCCAGGGGGAACCCUUCUUCUCAUCCUCUUUCGCCUCCUUUCCUCGGCACUCCUCCUCCGCGCCGCUCCUUCAUCCCGUCUUCCGCUACCACGCCCACGAGCAGGACACUCGCCUGCACGACAUCUACCGGGGCCUGGUGACCCCCACCAUGGGGGCCGACGCCCUCAAAACGCCGGCCGCCGCCGACUUCUGGGCGCUGCACUUUGCACAGUUCUGGGUGGACUACGAGGGCAAGGGGCGGCCGCAGCCCUUCGUGGACUCCUUCCCCCUCAGCGUGUGGGCCUGCCAGCCCGCCAAGCUCCUCGCGCACCAGGAGAAGCUGCGGGGACUGGAGCGGAGCCCCUCCGCGGAUUCCGCCGGCCGCAUGCAGAGGAAGCGGCUGCUGAAGGAGUUCUACAGCGCCGACGGCGCGCCCGCGCCCUGCCACGGUCCGUCCAAUGGACUCCGUAAACCCCAAUCGUUGGACAGUUUGCCUUCUUCUCCUUUGACGUCUUCGGGCAAAGAUGCCGAUGUCCAAGUGCUGGUGCAGGUUCACAAGCCUCUCAGUGCUCAGGUGAGCCACUCGCAGUAUGUGUUCCUGAUGCGCCUGCAGCGCAGCAUCAAGGCCCUGCAGCAGACCUUGCAGCAGGACCUGGACGACAUGGGAGGGCUGCGCAAGGCUGCGGCCCAGCGUCCCGCCGACCAGCGGCCCUUCACCGCCUGCUUGGGCCUCCUGCUCAAGAGCGCAGAGGUCUCCCUCCUCCUCAAGCCCGUCGCCCAGACGGAAGGCUCGGGAUCCCCUCUCGGGUCUGAGCUGUCGCCCUCCGAGAGCAGAGGAACCCUGGAGCCGGGCGGCGAAGGGGCGGGCAAAGGGAGCUCCACCGUGGACCAAAUGCUGUGCGGCGACGCCAAGACGCCACGGGGGGGGCCCGACCCGCUCGUCCCCACCGCCGCAGCCACGUCAAAUCACCAGUCCUCGCAUGAGGAGAGGACUUCUUCUUCGGCUAAGAAUGCCGAGCGGUGGAAUUGCGGUGAAGGAGGGGGGGAGAUGGUGGCCAAGGAGGAUGAAACCAAGUUUCAGGCAGGCGAGCCGCUUUGUGAGGACAAAGCCGCGGCCAACAAGAUGCCCCAGUCCACAUCCAGGAAAGGAAGUUUGUCUCUUGUUUCCGAUCUCCUCAGCUCUUCAUCUACCAGCAGAUCCACCUCCCUUUAUUCCAUGUCCAACAUCGGGCGUCUGAUGCGCGACCGCUCGCAGUCCAGCUUCUCCGUGACCUACAAGAACAUGAAGGAGAGUCCGUCCCUGCAGUCGCUGGAUAACAUCUCCAUCGACAGCUAUCUGCUGGAGGACGGCGACGCUUUCAGCCUGAUGGAAAGAGAUGACAUGUCCAUCUCGGGGUUCAAGGCCACCACCGACAGCUCGGCAGAAGUCACCGCCCCCGCCCCGCUGCCGGAGCAGGAAGGAGGCUUGUCCCCCGACACCGUCAGCGCCGCCUCGCAAAGCAUCGACGAGCCCUCCAAGGACAUUGUGUCGGUGCUGGUGCUGAAGGUCCACUCGGUGUGCGUGGGCAUGGAGUCGGUGGGCGAGAGCACCGACGUGGCUCUGGAGGUGGACAAAGUCACGCCCGUUCAGCUGGGCAACGUCAGCCUAAGGCAGUACCUCAGCAGCCGUAGCCUGGGUGUGGCGUCUUCAGUGGCGGCUCAGAGCGGCCAAGGCCCGGCCGAGGUGCACUCGCCGUCCACGGGGCUCCCCCGCCGCCCGGAGGUGCGUGCCCGGCUGGAGAGCGGGCCGUGCGCCGCCGCCCACUCGCCGCUGGCCGAGCGCAAUGGCUUCCUGCAGCUGCGUCUGCACGGCUACCGCGCCGGCCUGCUCAUGUCCACGCUGCGCAACCUGGCCCACUUCCUGGAGGACGACACGGCGCCGCAGGUGCUGCCCAUGAAGAUCAGCGUACGGGACAUGCACGUACACUUGAAGGACGACGGCCAGCGUGACACCCCAUCCGAGGCGGAGCCCAUCGCGCUACACGUGGACAGCCUGCUCAUCCACCGACGGGACGACGGCGCCUUCUACGUCGGAGUGGACGCGGAGGCCAAACGUUCGGUGACGGCGGACGGCUCCUUGAGUCCCGUCGCCGAGGCCACGCAGACCCGCGCCGUAUCCGCCAGCCCCACAAAGCAUGAACAAAUGCUGACGGAUGAGAACGAAUGCCUGAAAGUGGAGCUGUCCCGGGCCAAAAUGGCGCUGGCCGAGGUUCAGAUGGAGAGGGACUCGCUGCUGCACCAAAUCAACAGCCUCAAGGUCAACACCAGCUAGCCGCUCGCGACGUGGAGCUAGUUUUUUUCCUAACUUAAUAAUUCCUUCAUGGAACAAUGCAGAGACUCAAGUAAUGUACUUUUUUUUUUUUUUUAAUUCCAGCAAAAUGAUGUUUUAGUGUGUUAUGAUGUGGGUUUGGACAAUGGUUGCGUCAAAUCUUUUUAGUGAAUGUUUCUGAGCAAUGUCGCCGAGAACAGAUCAAUUUUGCACAUCCUGCUCUUAUUUUUGUGCGUGCGCGAGCGUGUGUCCAAUUAGAAUGUGAGAGCGCUUUUGUACACAGAUCUGAACGGUUCCACAGUGUUGAAUGUGUUGGUGAGAACAAGCAUUUCAUUCCCCAGAUGAGUUUUUUCUGGGUUGGGCCACCUCCCAGCUAUUUUUAUAGGAAACGUGUACAGCGUGUACACCCGCACAGUUUCGCCUCAUUGAUCUUUGUGCAUCUUUCUGCGUGGUUGGCCGCCAUCUUGUUUGAACUGUGUAAAAUCGGAGGAUUCUUAUCAUGUCAUAUUUUGUCUGUCAAAGCUGCUGAAAUGCUAAUUAAAACACGUGGGGUGAGGGGGGGAAGACCAUCCACUCAGACAUCUA